AUGUCACCAAGAAGCUCACGAGUAUGCAGAUUUCUACUGCUGACAGCAGCUACAUCAUUACUUACAUGUGCAUUCUCUGUCACCUCUAAUGAAGAGAGUGACAAGAUCCCAGUACGAUUUGCUGCGUCAGAGCCGGAUGCUAGCGAAGUUACAGUGCCCGAGUUUGUUGCCACGAACAAUUGGCAGGAGCUAUUGCCUGGACAGGGUAUACCGCGGGGACUUCACGUGCGUUUAAAUCUCGAGACGGGAAAGCGUGAGGCAAAACUGGUGGAUCCUAAUGAGCAGGACACCCACGAAUCCAUGCGAUCGGUAGUCGUUAACCCUAAUGCAGAGGAUACCAUGAUAACGGUGUCUACAGAUAUCUCAGGAGAAAUUGUGUCGGAUGACGACAUGCUUAUUGUAAACGAUGAGGAAGGUUUUAGCAACGCGGCUGAAAGCACAAAGUCAGCCGACGAAGAAGCAGAAAAAGCUGACACUGAAGCAUUUGAGCCGAGUUGGAACCAUGAGAAAAUGUAUGACGUAUUACAGGCAUUGCCUGAGCCGCCUAAGGUUGAAGGCAUGAAUAUUCAUGAAGCACGUGAGAAGUUGUCGCCUGCAGAAUUUCGCCAGCAGGUCGUUUCUCUGUGGAAGAAACGCCAAGAUGAGUUGAAAGAAGCCCUUGAGUCACUCCAGGAUGACGCAAAGUAUCUGGGCAAAUUGCUGGAGCAAUUUAAAGAGGCUGAGAAUAAUAGCGAUACGGAGGGCCAAUUAUCUGUGCUUGAGGUAUUGGAGUGGGAAGUGCAGGAUCUGGAUAAGACUCACGUAUUUAACUUCAUUGGCGGAUUUGGCAUCAUCGCCGAGUAUCUGAAUUCGACAAAUUUACCUGUUCGAGCGCGCGCCGCAUGGGUGACAGGGUCUGCAGCUAAGAAUUACAAGGACGGUCAAGAGUGGGCGAUCGACGCCGGGGUGGUGCCCAAGUUAGUCAACUCGUUAACUCUGGAAGUCCCAAAUGCUGUCGAAUCAGCAGAUGAUGUUUUGGAAGUCAAGAAGAAGGCUGUUUACGCUUUGUCCUCAAUUGUGAAAACUAAUGAGCGUGGACAACGACUAUUUUUGCUUCUUGACGGACCAGAGCUUCUGGCAGAAUUGUUUACUGAUGCACAUCCUGCUCAGCUUCAGCUAAAGGUUCUUCUGUUCGUGUAUGACCUACUCGCGGAAGCAGCUGAGCGCAAGUUACUUAAUGGUGAACAGCCAGCGCCUUCUCCGUUAAUAAAGCUCGAGAGAGUUUUCCAGUCAACGGAUUGGUGUGAGCGCUUUUCAACAACUUUUGUGAAAAUGGCUCCACUUCUUGGUCGCCGGAAAGCAGUUGAGCUUGUGGACGCCAUGCGUCACCAGUUGCCUAUGUGUCAAGUUGUGUUCCAGACUUCAGAUGUCAAGUCUGUGGUGAAGAAACUAGGGCAGGAAUUGUUAAACGACCAGGAAGCCGAUGAAGCGGAAAAGAGGAGCUGA